AUGGCCGAUUUGAAGUCCGCUGAAGGUGGUUCUGAAACGAGCUUACCAGAAGAUGUAGAGAAAGAGCCGUUGGGAAAACUGGGGGCGACCACAGCAAUUGGUGAUCGUUGUCUCGUUGUAAUGGACCUUGAAAACGGCCUUGUGGGGUGGGAAAGCGGUGAUGAUCCAGCGAAUCCUCAGAAUUGGACAUGGGGGAAAAAAUGGACCCUCAUGUUUUUCAUGGCAGCCAGCUCCACGUUUUCCCCAAUGGCAUCCUCACUAUGCGCACCUGGAACUUCCCUGACCCUCGAAGAGUAUGGGCUCACCUCUAAAACGAUCGGAACAUUAAUGAUAUCAAUAUUUGUUCUUGGAUAUGCUGUUGGACCACUCUUUCUUGCUCCAUUAUCUGAAAUUUAUGGCCGAGUCCUGGUAAUAAAUGCUUCGAAUGCUUUUUUCAACGCGUUUAUACUAGGAUGUUCUUUUGCACCUAAUAUGAUGAGCUUGAUUGUCAUGCGUCUUUUGGCUGGAAUUGGUGGAUCAGCGAUCAUGACUAUUGUGUCAGCUGUUAUUGGAGAUGUUUCCAGUGCACAAACGCGCAGCAGCGUCAUGUAUCUCGGCCCUAUUGCGGGAGGUUUCAUAUCCGAGCAUCUUGGGUGGCGCUGGGCUUAUUGGGUCCUAUUGAUGGGCAGUGGUCCACUCAACAUCAUCAUGGUUUUCUUCAUGAGCGAGUCCAACCAUCCCACAAUACUAGAAAAGAAGGCACGGCGACUCAAGAAGGAACAAGGACGAGAUGAUCUCCAUUCCUAUCUGGAGAUGCGAUUGCCGCCACAUGAAGUUUUGGCCAGGAGCAUUGUGAGGCCAGUAAAAUUCCUGUUCAAGUCGCCAAUCGUUUUUCUAAUCUCACUCUAUGUUAGUAUCGUAUACGGCACUUUAUAUUUACUCUUUACCACAAUACCCAUAGUGUUUCAGGAUAGAUAUCAUUUCGCCCUUCAAUAUACCGGACUUGCAUAUCUAGGUCUUGGAGUUGGCAUGUUUAUAGCGCUUGGAGUUAUCAUGAAAUCUAACGACCGUAACGUGACCCGCCUGCGAGAAAAGAACAAUGGUGUUUUCGAGCCUGAAAUGCGCCUCUCGACGACUACUUACUUCGCUCCCUUCAUGCCUGUCGCAUUAUUCAUCUAUGGAUGGACUGUUCACCACAAAGUCCAUUGGAUCGUUCCAUGCCUGUCCUUCGUUCCCUACGGCUUCGGUCUACUCGGCAUCUUCGUUCCAUGUCAGACAUACAUGGUCGAUGCCUUUCUUGAAACAGCAGCUUCAGCGGUUGCUGCACUUGUCUGCCUACGGUGUAUAUUUGGAGCGCUCCUACCAUUGGUCGGACCGAGGGUGUACGAGAGCCUGGGUCUGGGCUGGGGAAACACGCUGUUGGGGUUUGUUACGUUGGCAGUAACUCCUGUGCCUUUCGCAUUCCUGAAGUAUGGGGGCUGGAUUAGGAAGAAGUAUCCUGUGAAGCUUUGA